GGGCCACGUGACCGAGGGCGCUUCCGGCGUGGGCGCGCUCGGUGGCUCCGCGAUGCGUCUCUCGGCGUCGGCGUGGAUCAAGCAUGGGCGCGUCUACCGGCGCCUCGGCCUGGGGCCCCGCUCGCGCCUCGACCUGCUGCGGAACCUCGUCACGGCCCUGGUGCGCCACGAGCGGAUCGAGGCCCCUCGCGGGCGCGCCGACGAGAUGCGCUUCUACGCCGAACACCUGAUCAACUAUGCCAAGCGUGGGGACACGGACCCCCAAGCAAUGCGCAUGGCCGACUUCUGGUUGACGGAGAAGGACCUCCUGCACAAGCUCUUCAAGGUGCUGGCUCCUCGCUUCCAGGCACACUCCAGCAACUACACGCGCCUGCUGCGGAUCCCCAACCGGGAGAACCUGGACCGGGCUGAGAUGGCCGUCAUUGAGUACAAGGGGAACCCGUUCCCGCCCCUCCUGCGCCCAAAGCGCGACAGCGAGAAGACGCUGGUGAAUCAGCUGCUGAAGGGCUUCCGGGAGGAUGCCCUGAGGGCGGCGGAAGCUCCACUCCAGGGGCGCCCAUCUGAGGGCACGGCAGUGUAGACAGAAGGACAGACACCACUUCCUCCCCUUCUCCUGUCACUUGGAAGCCUGCCCACGACCUGACCUUGAGGUUGGGGAGAGGAGCUGCAUUUCUUUGGGUUUUAUGAGACCACCUCCCUGCUUUCAUCUACUUUGCUAUGCAGGUUACUCGUUUUAUCUUGGGACGGGAAACUUGAAAAAAGAGAAGCUCUCUUACCUUCAUGCACACAGAAAUAAACGACAGCAGCCGACUGGCAAAUGCCUUGGUUUCUCUGAAUUCUCUUUGUGCUGCUUGCAGCCGAGUGAUGGUGCUUGGUGACAUAUCUGGAGCCAGGAGCAGGUGACUUACUAGGACUAGGUGGCUAAGUUGGGGAGGGAGAAAACCUUAUGCUGGAGUGCUCUUGCAAUUUAAGACAGCCAUUCUCAAACUUGUGUCCCCAGAUGUUGUUGAACCACAACUGCCAUAAUCACUAUUUAGCAGAACCAGUGGUCAGGGAUGCUGGGAGUUAUAGUGCAACAUCUGGGGACACAAGCUUGAGGAAGGCUGCUUUAGGAACACAAAAGCGCCACCUAGCAACUGGAGCCACUGUUUGAAAACCAACCUUUGCAUUUAACUAGUAACUUCCACUGGAUCCCAGAUCUCCCCUCUCAUUAAAAGUCUUUUAU